AUGCUGCUUCGGAAGGACAUUGCCCCAGAACAAAAAAGGAGAAAGAUAAUUAUGUCUCGCAUGAAAGGUUUGGAUAUCCUCCUCUACCAUUUUAUGUUUUUUAACUUUUUAUCUCAUGGUCUCCAUGGAUGUCCUCCCCAAGAAUUGAAAGCUCUUUUGACUAUAAGGAAUACUAUAAGCGACUCCAGUGGAGAGCUUAACUCCUGGGAGGGAAAUGAUUGUUGUACAUGGAGAGGUGUCCAUUGUGAUAAAGUGGAGAUGGGCAAGCCGGUCUACAAGUUGGAUAUCCGUGGGUUUGGGCUUUCCGGAAAUAUGAGUUCAAGCUUGCUUGAACUGAAACAUCUCAAGCAUUUGGAUUUGGGGGGUAAUAAUUUGAGUUGGGUAAGUCCGAUGCCUGCAGGCUUGGGUUCUUUAACAAACAUAACAUAUCUUUCCUUGAAUGGGUUAAGUCUGCAGGGCUCUAAAAUAAGCCCAGUUAUCGGAAGUCUCACAAAGCUUAACCAUCUGGAGCUGUCCAAUUGUGGUCUGCAAGGUUUUACUGUGCUUAAUUUUUUGGUCAAUUUUCUUUCCCUACGUUUUCUGGACCUAAGUCGCAAUGUAGUGUCUGGAUCAAUACCUAGUUGGGUAGGAAAUAUGAGCAAGUUAGCCUCACUCGAUCUCAGUUACAACCAUUUGAAUGGUUCUAUACCUAGUUGUCUGGGAAAUAUGAACAAAUUAGCCUCACUCGAUCUCAGUGACAACCGUUUGAAUGGUUCUAUACCUGCUGGCUUAACAAAACUUCAUUUCCUCACAUACCUUGACCUUUCCCUGAACAAAAUCGAUGGAAUCAUUCCCAAGACUCUUGGAAAUCUCAUCAAUCUUGAAUAUUUAGACCUUUCCAACAACAUUUUGAGAGGUAAUAUACCUUCUCUAGCCCAUAUGAAUACUAAUGCUGGAAGUCUUUCCUAUUUAGACCUUGGAUGCAACCAAUUAGAAGGCAUAAUACCACCUAGCUUGGGUUUCCUUAUAAAUCUUUAUUACAUAGAUCUUAGUUGCAACAAUCUUAGCGGUGAAAUCCCUCCCUCUGUUGGAAAUCUCUCUGCUCUUGUCAGCUUAGGAUUACGAGAUAAUCAUUUGAGUGGAAGCCUUCCCCUGUCAUUUUCUCAUCUGUCUUCCCUCACGUGUCUCGAUGUGAGAAACAAUGUGUGGAAUGGAACUUUUGAUCCUUCACUUAAGUUACCGUCCUCUCUUCAGACUUUAGUCCUUACAAAUAACAGCAUGGUCGGAAUAAUUUCAGAAGUUCAGUUUCAGAACACUUUCAAGUUAGAAGCACUUGGUUUGAGUGACAACAGAUUGAGUUUAAACUUUAGCUCAACCUGGAUCCCCCCAUUCCAGCUUUUAGAGCUAUCUUUGAGAAGAUGUAAAAUUGGAGGCCCAAUCCCAAGUUGGAUUUCAACGCAAUAUUGGCUUCGCACGUUGGACCUGUCAGAAACCGAACUUGUAGGAAGUCUUCCUUCUUGGCUAUGGAGUUUUUCAUCAGACUUGACAGUUCUAAUCCUGUCGUAUAAUCAUUUGGAAGGUCCUUUCUCUCCUACUUUUGUUAGGAUAGAGCUAUUGGAUCUCUCUAGCAAUGAGUUGAGUGGGCAUCUGUUGACAAAUAUUGAUGAUUGUUUCUUGUAUGUAAGAAGUUUGUACCUUGAAGACAACAAACUGGAAGGGAAAAUCCCAGCUUCAUUGGGCAACUUAAGUUCUCUGUAUUCGCUGGACUUGUCAGGGAACUUGUUCACAGGCAGUAUCCCUGCUAGUUUGGGUGAUUUGGAUUCUCUAGAGGUGCUGAAUUUGGGAAACAAUCAUUUGAAUGGAGAGAUUCCUGGCAACCUUGGCAGUCUGUCAAUGCUCCUCAUAUUCAAUAUUGCAAAUAAUCAUUUGAAGGGUAAGAUCCCUGAUGAGCUGGGUAAUAUGACACACCUUUACUCUUUCCGCAUCCAAAUGAACAAUGUACAAGGGCUUCUUCCGCUUUCUCUAACAAAACUUUCAAAUUUACAAGUUCUGGAUAUGGGAGAAAACAAUUUGGCAGGGGACAUGCCAGAUUGGAUUGCUAAUUUAUCAAGUCUGCGAGUUCUGGGGAUGAGACAGAACAAAUUCGAGGGCGAACUCCCUCCGCAGAUCGGUAAAAUGCCUUGGAUUCAGAUCGUAGACCUUUCUUCAAAUCUGUUGUGUGGUGAAAUCCCGGAAAGCUACUUCAACUUUUCAGCCAUGAAAAAUGAACAGCAAAUAGACUUCCAGAUUGCAGUUGGAGAAGAUUCCUAUGCGCAAGACAAGUAUUACAAGGAUGAUUUAUAUAUAAGUUUCAAGGGCAAAGACAGGCACAUUGAAUACAUUGUUUCUAGCUUCACAUGCGUUGAUUUGUCACAGAACAGAUUAAGGGGCCAUCUUCCACCUGCAAUUGGAAAUCUUCAAGGCUUGAUGUUUCUCAAUCUCUCCAGGAACACUCUCAGCGGACCAAUUCCAGACACUCUGGGAAAUUUAAGUCAGUUGGAAUCCCUGGACCUUUCUCUGAACAAUUUUACAGGACAGAUUCCAUUCCAGAUUGGUCUUUUAGAUUAUUUGGGAUAUUUGAAUCUUUCUUACAACAAUCUCUCGGGAAGGAUACCAUUAGAAGGACGUCAUAUGGAUACAUUUGACAAUUCAUCAUUCUUAGGAAAUCCAAAUUUGUGGGGAUGCCCUCUCGAAAGGAAGUGUUCUCACCCUCAUCCAAAACUCUCUUCUCCUCCCAUCAUGGAUGUUAAGAAAGAGAAAGAAAAAGCAUUUCAAUGGUAUGAGAUGAGUGUUGGACUGUCAGUUGGAAUGGGAUUUUCUACUGUGGUGAUGGUGCUUGCAUUAAACGAGAGCUGGAGGAAUAAAUGCUUUGAACUGAUGGACACCGCUGUAGCAUUUCUCUUUACGAAGCUUUUCAAUCGGCGAAGGUAA